GAGGAAACGUGGAGAACGAACAGAAUCGGGGGAGUCGACAACAUCAACCUCCUCUUCUCAUGGAUCAUCUGUGAGUGAGACAAUCGUGCGGAAGUUAACGCAGGAGAGGAUUGAAGAGUUGAAGAAGCAGAUUCGUGUUGAAAGGAGCAAAUAUCGGAAGUUAAAGUUGACGGUCGAUCAGAUAACCUCCGGUGAUUUAGAUGAUAAAUUGGAUGAAAUGCUAAACACCAGCACAAACAAAUCUGAUAAAAGUAAAGAUGCUCUGAUGUCUCCUCCUUCCUCAGUCCUCUCCUCACCGGAUGCAAGUGAGGAGCAGAGCAAUGUUGAUGUGGAGGCAGUGACUGAGGAUGAACAAACUGUGGAGAAGAUCCAAGAUUCGGACCAAUCGACAGAACAAACAGUAACAUUACCCACUGAAGAAAUCCCCCCUACCUCUCAACCAGUAUCCAUCAUAGAACAUAAUACUGAGGAAAAUCCCACACCAUUACUUGACACAGAUGAAGCAAUGGAAACUGAAGUGUCACACCAAAUCAAUGAAGACAGCACCAAUAUACAAAUGCCCAACACUGAAAUAGCUCAAGUUGAACUUUCCGCUGUAGAUGUCAAAACACAGGAAACAUCUACUUCUGUUAAUACUCCAGCAAUUCAAUCACAAGAAAUACCUCCCCUUGAAAGUUCACCAACACCAACACCUGUAACUGAGGAGAUUCUUAUUGAAGAUUCUGUUAAAAGUGACAAAACAGAAACACCUGUUGCAGAAGAAACAGUAAAACCAGAACCAACACAAACAUCUGUAAGUCCAACCAUUGACACCCCACCUACUAUCACCUUAUCAUUAAAUGAGGAUGUAAACAACUCUCAACUCAAUUCCUCCACAUCUUCUUCCUAUGCAUCACAAGAACCAACAUCCGAGGACACAAACACUCAUCCAACGACCGAUUCCGGUGAUUCGGCAAAAACAAGUUUGCUGAGUAAUAACAAGGUAUCGGACACUCCAAAGGAUAAGUCACAAGAUGUGUUUGUUCAUCCUAACGAAGUAAAGGAAACAAGUAAUAUUGACACUUCACAGUCACAGACAAACUCCAUUGUUACAUCCCAGGAAUCAAACCCUUCAACUACAAGCAUGGAAACGAAGAGCUUGAAAGAUGAUGAGUACACAGUGGAUGAUGAUAGUACUUCAUAUAGUGCAUCUGUGGGAGGUGAUGAACUCAAUGAAUCAAGUCAACUGGAUGACUCUAAUUUAAGUUAUCUUCCUGGCCAACCAAGCACUCCAUACAUUGAUAGCUUCCCGACGAGUCCAGCUCUCUCUAAUACGAGUGACAUGGAUUGUGAGGGCGGGGCACACAACAGAGCGUGGAAGAAAUCUAUCAUGAUUUUAUGGAAGCAAGUUGCCAGUCACCGGUACGCCAGUUUAUUCCUGCAACCAGUCACAGACGACAUUGCCCCAAAUUAUUCCGAUAUUGUCUAUCGGGCCAUGGACCUUUCAACAUUAAAGAAAAACCUUGAAACUGGCGUGGUCCGGACAACGACAGACUUCCAACGCGACCUAAUGCUAAUGUUUCAAAAUGCUCUCAUGUACAACAACCGUGAACACGACGUUUACAAGAUGGCGCUAGAGAUGCAGAAUGACGUCAUGACGCAAGUGGCGCAAUUUCUUGCUACUCAAUUAAUGAUGGAAACUGCCCAACCUGCCACACCAAAAGGUUUACGACGCAGCACGCUCAGAAAAUCAGUGAUAAGCAACGAAAAGGUCAGCGAAGCAAGGAGCAAGCGCACUGCUGCAAUCGAAGGCGAGUUGAAAUUUAUGAAGAAGAAGCCAACUGAAUGAGAAACACCUGCUUCCGUCCACAAUUCCCGUAAAUUCAGUUUCCAGUCAAGCUGCCCGCUCGUCUAAGCGUUCCCAACACGAUCGUGAAACACGUAUCGUCGGCCCCGAGCAGCGUCAUGCAAUAAAACUCUAAUUUUCGUUUCCAUAACGCAAAAUCGUGUCCAAACAUCUGACAAGUACAAAACGAAUUGCCCUUUGAAAAUUAACCAUAGUGAAGCAUGUGGUUUGCACCACAGCAGCCAAAAUAUCUUCUUUAUGAAAUUUGAGGAUUUCCUAUAACAAAGGUAGCAUCCGGUAAAAUAAAAUCGUGCGUUCCCGGCGAAUGGAAUUCAAGUCGUCCCGCAUUCAACGCUAUAUUGAAACCAGGUGGGCCACAGAACUAUGUAGUUUGUUUUUAAUUGAGGAAAUAGCAGAAAAUCGAAGCUGUAUUGAAGGCAGGCGAAGGGAAGAUGACUAUAAAAAGGUACGGAUGUUAGCUUUAAAAAGUUGUAUACUGUUUACUAUAAACGUGUUUGAGUUAAGAUAACUUCAUGUAGACAAGCUAUUUCACCUGAAAUGUAAAUCAUACGUGACGUCAGCAAAUUUUGACGUAACCAUACAGCGCAAGAGCAAGCAGCUGGUUGCACUUCUAAACGAGAAGUCCCUCCCACGCCCGUACUUUUAAUCUGGAAACUAAAUCUGGCCAUAUUUACUACGGCACUUGAGAAUUUGUUCAAUGCAUUUAACCUUGAUUUUCAAUGUAAACGAGCCGCGGCUGUGGGAUUACUAGUUCUGUUGUCGUGGGAAUUCCGAGUAUUCGUUUUGAUGGCACGUAGGCCUACCUUGCAUUUUUUUCUUGGUAGAACAAAUGUAGUUUACAGGUGUAUCGAAACUAUGCGACUAAUAUCCGUAACCGGUGACUGUUAAAUGUAUCGUGACUUGCGUUUGCAAGAAAACAACUCUAAAAAUAUUUUAACUUCCGAAGCACUGCUGUGCAAACACAACUUCGGAAUAGUUGAUUGUACAUAACAACCUUCUUUUCGUGGAAUACUGUAUUUUGAAAAUCGUAUACGAGGAAAACAACUUUUAUAUACGGACUGGUACCUUUGGAAUCCAGAACCACUGCAGUGUAUUUAUCAGCGGGCGAGGCCGCGCGUUUACGGCGUACAGAUAAAAAGCGCUUACGUAAAAAAACGACGUAAAUCGUUCACCUGUGUACCGACGCAUCAUAGCUACACGCCAACGCACACAAAAGCUCAUUAUCGUUGUCGUGUAAUCAACGGUGGACGCCCAUGUUAACGCCUGUUGUAUUUGGGCUUUGUCGCUGUCCGGCGUUAAAUGACGUAGCUGGUUAUGGAUCAAAAUCACUUCUCACACGUCAACCAAACAAAACUAAAACUACUUGACAUUAUAAGCUCUUAAAGUAAGCUAUUAAUAGUCCGCUAGUAACGGCCUUUUCAUUAUGAAGGUAAAUGCUACAGCCGCAUAAACCACUAUACGCUGGGCAACGCAGAUCGAUUGUCUAAAUUCCAAUCGCAGGUAAACGACGCCACGCAAACAACCGACGUUCUUGAAAAGGUUAAAUAAAUUUUUACGUGAUGAGUCGAGUUAUUUCGGCUCUGUCACAUCGAUUGAUAAAAUGGACAAGUGCAAGCCUGCUGGUGUAUAUGGCUUGUCCUUGAUUCGCACACAGGCGGUGUAAUUACAUCUAUGUCACGUCUAAUUUAAUUUCGGCUUCUAUUGUAUUCCUACCGCACCGUUUCACGCUUUCUUUAGGCGUCCAUGGGACCCAGCAGCAAGUCUUUCGUUCUAAUCCACGGUGGGCCCGUCACACCGUAUAUGCCUUUAAAGGCGACAUUUCGCAGCGUUUUAACCAAACCGCUUACACACGACGGUCUUUUCUCACGCGAAAUCUGAUGCAGUAUUUUACGCACCCUGGCUUUGAUAUUGUAUAAUUAUAUGUGUCUUCCUUUCGUGGCCGUUGAAGUAACAGGCGGCGAUAUCUCUUGUGUAAAAUAACAGCCCACGAACGCUUUAAAACACAGUAUCGCCGUAGCAGGUGGUCCUUUUAUGUAAAGCGGAUGUUGAUAUAAGGAAAUAUGAGACCGCAGCAGUUGUAAUACACUCUCUUCACCUCUAGCUCUAAGAAGCAGUCGCCGUAAAACUUACGCUCCGCCGCUCCAAGCAUGUGAGCACAACAUAGCGCGGGGGAGGCACUCGGUAGGCACGAUGAUCUAAGUAAUUAGUCGCAUUGCCUUAUUAGGCGUUGCGGAGGGAGCGGAAAUAUGUGUGAUGCCGAUCGUUCGAAGUCUUAUCCGAAAUCCAUCAGAAAAUAAACAGCGACGGCACGCCUGAUCGUUAGCGCGGUUCCGGCCGAAAUCGGUCGGUUUUAUUGAGUAUAAGCGAAGCCUUUCCGAGCUUGGACUAUGAUCUUGGCUUUUUAAUGACUGCAAUUUUCGGCUUUUGGUUUCUGCGGUCUGACCUUCUUACGGAGCGCCGCACUGCUGUUUGUCCUGCAAUGAUAAUAGGUCGGCGAUUGCAAAUGAAAGUUUUGUCAAGUUGCUGUCACGGUCACUGCUGGUCGUCUCCAUAUUCGUCCAUGUAUUCGAAGCGUCGAAUAUUGGAGAUUCUGUCACCACAGCAGUGUCAAACCGAUGUUUUGUCCACAACACGCAUGCUUUUGUCACCUAAAGUAAAAGUCAUAGGCCGUCAAGCCGCAUAGUGGCGGUUUAUAGAAUCUUGUUUAGUUUUCCGCUGGCUGGAAUGCAAUUAGUUCAAUAGAGAGCGAUUCCUCCGUUUGCCUGUUUACGGUGUUCGUGUUAUUAGUGAAAUCAAAGACCUCAAUGCGUUUGGGCAUCACUGCGCUGUGGUGGUUAUACGCAAAGCGACGCUCAACCGUUCAAAUGUGGACAAAACAAAAUCGUUUCUUCUGCAAAUGGGAGCGGUCGUCAAACGGCGACGAAAAUCUGGAAAUUGAAGCUCUGUCUUUGUUUUCGUAAAUCGUCAGAAACUGGUAACUACAUACUCGCAGUGCAUGCAUGACCAAGUGCUCGGGGGAAGCCGGAGAAUUGAAAGCUCUGCCGGUACGCAAGGUAUUUCGGCGAAUCUGAUACAGUUACGAACGUCAAAGGGGAAAAGGCCGAGUUACUCUAAUAUCAAACGGCGAUCCUGGAAUUCGGUGACGUAUACACAAUUGGUUCUUAAUAUCCUUAAUGACCCCACCACAAUAGAAUCUGAUCCCAAAACGUUGUCCAGUAAGGGUGCAGGGUCAACAAGAGAUCUCCAGGUUACAGAGUGAUCAUCGUAAUCGGAUUUUCAGGACAUUUUUGGCAACAUUCCCACGACGCUGAGUGUUGCAGCUACUCUGCAGAAAAAAGCAUCAAUUGCAGCAAUGAAAUAGCUUUGGCAAUUUGUAAAGUGUGAAACCUUCUCGUUAAAGUUUAUCCAAAUAUUUUUACCGAAAAGAAAAUAUCGUACUUUCCACGUUAACGGCAUGAGUUUCAUGUUAAGAGGCUUUUAACAAACAAACCAGAUCUGUGAAAGCCUUCUCUCCUUUACCGUUCACGAUAAUAGACUUUUACCUAUUUUUGGAAUUGCCAAACAACACGAGCCUUUGAACAGCGCUAUCUUUAAGCCUGGUGUACACGCGACAAGGCUUGGGAAUCACACAAGGGUCGGAAAACGACAAUUCAUCAUGAGUCUGGUCGCCCCUUAUCUUAAUUUGCGCGUCCGUUGGUUUUGAAGUACAGCGUACUCUUCUACGUCACGAACCUGACCAGAUAACACAACAAGAGUGCAGGAUUUCAUUUAAUACAUAGCUAUAGUUAACCAGCUUCAGCGUUUGGUUAAAUCCUGUUGCAUUUGCUAUGCAAAUAAUUCUCUUUGGGAUGAGCAUUUUGUCAUCUCUGUUUGCUAAUACUCUCCAAUAAUUUAUAACAGAUUGUUGCAUAUCUUGAGUGUUAUAUAACACUUUGUUCGAGUGGUCCAUGUUUUUCAUGCAACCAAACCAACGGAAACUGUUAUAGAUAGCUUAAUCUGAACCGUUGCAGUUCAAACACUUUUCAAGCUGCUUCUGUCAGGGUCGAUAAAAUUGUUCGCUUUAAUUAACGUUUGCCACGAGGCUCAGGCCCUAUCGCAUGAACCGCUUUUGAUAACCGAGAUCGACGUCCCGCAAUCUUCAGCUUACGUUCGUUGGUGAUAAAUCUGAAAGAUACGAGUGUUGUUGGACCACCGGCUGUUAUUAAUUAUAAGCAAUUGAAGUGGUGGUUAGGCCUGAACCCUUGACGUUGUCUGAAGCUUUGCAAAGUGUUGUGUUUUCAGGUGUGAUAAGUCAGCAGAGCAAGCGGUUCUCCGAUUUACCCCCUACAGCCUACAUAUUCAUGCGAAGGGAAGUUAAAAAUUAAUUGCAAACAAUGUUUUUCGAGACUUAAGUCUAUAAAUACGUGACUUGGAAAGGAAUACACCUUCUGUAAACUUAGGGGAUGGUUUUCAAAUUGUAUGUGUUCGUUAAGUGUAUACAAUGUAGUAAGAUAAGAGUACACGAACACACCUUUUACCGUUAAUGUACCGACAAAGGAAGCAAAAUCCCAUACCUCUUGGCAAGCAAAAACGACAUAAAAUCUCAAUCUUCAAGAGUCAUUUUUCGUCCAGCGCGAAACAAAAGGAAAACAAGUUUUAUGUUUCUGAGUUGUUUGACCCGAAACGCCCCCCGCACAGCGGUCGUGUUUAAACCAUCACCAACAGUGAACAGAAUCAAGUGCAUUUCACUGCUUUGUUUACUUUCCCACUAUUUACCCCCCAAGUAGCAAUAUUAGCAGUGCAAAGUUGUUGGAACUUUUGGGCAACCCGCCCACGAUGUAUAAGCAUCAAACAGAUGAACGAAGGGAUUCUCCCGUACACUAAAUCUGCGCACUUUUUCUGGCGUGAAUCUGGGCCCUUUUUCGUCUCGACAAGCGGGCAAACGUUAAGCGACCGUGGGAAAAGUGUAGCUUAAAUUCGAGUCGCAAUUACCGAAGCCGCACAUUCGCUUAGACACAGCUGAUAGAGACAAGUACCCAACAAGACAAGUAAAAACAAAAUGUACGCUACAAGACAUUGUACGGUUUCUCGUUCUAUGCUUCUACCAGUCGUACUUUCGAUUCUGCUAAUUCAUCUGGAGAUCACGCAUGCUGUUGCACCAAAGCUCACUAAGCGACAAUCCGCCGGUAUCGUUCGAUGCGUCAAAGCAAGCAAUGUACUUGGUUGUGGAACUUUUGAAUGCUUGAAGAGAACUGACCGUUGCAAGUUAGGGGGACUCGCACUUCUGUGUUCGAAAUUUCAACGGAAAACAUCGAACUUUAAUCAAUUGGGGCGAACGUUUACGAAACAGUCACUGCGAUGCAUGGCCACACAGAUCAAGUCGGAUUUCCAGCGCGCUGGUCGCCAGUGUUCCCAGAUCGAAAACUUCGUUUCUCGUGUCCAGGCUGAUUGCUAUCGCUCCAACAAUGUUUGUCGGGCUGCUAUGUCAAACUAUAAACAUUUUAAACAGAUUCUUUUGCCCAAAGAUAUUUUAACAUCACGGUCUUUCCUGCAAAUGUUUCAAAGCAUACUAAGCUGUGGUGAAGCUGUAACGUUGAAAUUUCGCGACACCGUCACUUCUGCGUUGGGACAAUCUUUCCUCUCAAUGUUGAACUACCUGCAGAAAGGUGCAACUUCUCCGCUAAUUGAAAUUCUGGGCCAAGAAUGGGUUGGCUCGGCCCAGUUCCGAGCGAUCGAAAACGAGGUCCCUGGAAGUUCGCCAAGACAAAGCUAAACACUAAUCUAACUUUUCAACAUAUUUAUUGCGAUUUUGAACUUUUCUUACGUGGUUUACCCGGUGUUUUGACUGUAUGUGUCAUACUCGGAUUACUCCGUGAUUGUAACGUGAAGGUAUGAAGACUUCCAAAUAAAUUUCUUUCCUUCUGCUUCCAUGUUGUACAAAACGUUUAACAUUUUAUAUUUUCCUGCUUGCUGUGCAAAUAAAUUACAUUAAUGUUGUAA